CAAAGAUGGCGAGCGAGUGGAACACUGGUGCGGCCGCAGCUCGCCUCUCAUAGUUGCGCUAUGUGUGGCUGAAGCUCGAAUUACCGUGUUUUGACUGUCGGCUCCGCUUAUUUCACAUUAAUGGUCACCUAAGUAUGGCGAUCAGAAGGGCUGUGAUAUUUAUACUGGCUGCUGCACUGGCGCCUCUCAGUACGGGAGCUCAGAUUCCAGACACGAGAGCAGCAAAAUGGAACUCUGAUCAGGACGUGCGAAUAGAGUGUAAUAGCAAUGAGAUUCUUGUGGCAAUACGAACAAGGACUGGUGCAUUCAAUGGUAUGGUGUACCCUCGGGGGCUGUCGAAGAAUUCCAGUUGCAUGGCUGAAUUUCUCCAACAGCCAUCACCUGUCCGUUACAAACUACCACUUCGCUCUUGCAACACGAUGAGUACUGAACUUGGUGAUGGUGGUAUUGAAUACUUCAAUACUAUUGUUAUACAACCACAUCUGAAACUGGUGACUAAUCAAGGUCGAGGAUUUCACAUUCGAUGUCGCUAUCAAACGAAGGAUAAACUUAUCUCCAAUAAUAUGAAUGUGAGCAUGGUUGAUGCAACUCCACUGAAAGCAGUGGCACCUAUGCCAGGCUGCACAAUGAAAAUAUUUUAUGGCGAUCCAGCCUUGAAAGAAGUUGCAGAAAAUGUCAAGAUUGGAGACCCUUUAACUCUUGUAAUUUCAAUAGAUGAACAAAAUACUUAUGGUUUACGGGUAUCAGAUUGUCUUGUACGAGAUGGUCUUGGAUGGGGAGAGCAGAAACUCAUAAAUUCUGAUGGGUGCCCAGUAGAUGGCGAAAUUAUGGGAGAGUUUGAAUACAAUGGAAGCAAAACUACUGCAUCUGUACAUUUCCAAGCCCACAAGUUUCCAUACACAGCAUCAGUGUACUACCAAUGCAAUGUUCAACUUUGCAUAAAAGCUGGUGGUGGCUGCAAUGAUCUGCCACCACUUUGUGGGCGUAGAGGCUCCCGCAGGCGCCGUGCAGCCAAGCCAAAGGAUGCAGAGACUGGUACUCCAGCUACCAUUGAAGUAUACAGUGGUCUUUAUGUUAAUGAAGCCACUGAUAUAAGCAAAAUGGACAGUUUUGAUGAUGUGUCAAGAGAGAAGCAGGAAGAAGACCCAAACAGCAUAUGUAUUUCUCAAAAGCAUUUUGCCAUUGGUAUAGCAGUUGCAGGCCUUAUUUUGAUGCUUGCAGUAAUUGCUGCUAUCCUUAUACUGCUUGCACGGCGGCGUCACAGGAAAGAUGUUUCUGCCACAGGAAGUUCCAUAUAUAGUGGCCCUUACACUAACACUGCAUAUAGCCACAGCAGUUGAGCUGUAAAAUAGGGACUUUCAUCAAAAUAUAUAUUUUAUAUGUCUUGGUGAUAACAGUGAGUGCUGAUGAAAAUAGAGACUGUUAAUGCCAAGACAUAUAUUUAUCACUGCAGAAGAUUGGAAUUUUACUAUAAAUUCUUGUUAUUGCCACAGCUAUUGACAUCAUGUGCAUGUUGAAUCAUGAUAGAUGUAGUCACUUUUAGAGCGUGAUGGACAAACUGUGCUUUCCUCUAGGAUGACAGUGAUGGUGUGUGAGUGUGAGUGUGUGUGUGUGUGUGUGUGUGUGUGUGUGCGUGCGUGCGUGCGUGCGCGUGCGUGUAAGAGAGAUUUUUUUAGAUAAUUUUCUUUAACAAAUGUUACUUGUUUCUGCUUUUAUAGUUAUUGGUAGCUGGAAAUUCACACUGAAAACAGUAUGGACAUCAAAAUUCUUCUAAUAUUACCAUAUUUUCUCUUCCUAUGGCUAGUAACAAAAAUUUGUAGUAAAAGAGCUAUAACACUGGAGGGAAAGUGUACUGUUGGCAAACUUACUCUCAUAAAGUUCUCUGGAUCAUGUCAACAGGGACAUUGGCAAAUCCUGUGUCAAAUGUUUGCAGGCAGAUAUCCCACAAUCUUCUUGCACUGGUACUGUAAAUGUGAUCCAUUAUCAGAAUUUUUGUAUCAAGCUAUAAUAUCUGUUGUUGUUGUUGUUCACAAAUCCAUUUAUUAAAAGCUGUUUUUUUAUGAUUAUCCAUUGUCAACUAACACUUUUCUGUAGUGUUAUGGAACUAUGCACCUAUUUAAGCACAGCACAAAAACAUGAAUAGGUCACAAUCACAUUGUUUCAUCUUAAAUUUGAUUCAUAACAUAAAAGUGAGACUUGUUGCAUUUAUUUAAGAUUACUGUGAAAGUGCCAAUCAAAGAAAAAUAUUUUGGCUCAUUGUUUGUUGCGUCCCUCUCCGUCCCCCGUUUCAAGUGACAAAGGUCUGAAGACAGCAAUAGACCUACGUUUUGUAACAGAAGUAGGUCAAAAGAAGUUAUUGAAAGUUAUUGAUAUAAAUAUUUACCUUGAUUUAAAAUCAAUUUCUGUGCAUGAAAGUCAUUUUUGUGCAUAGAGGACAAAGGUUACUAUUCAAAAUUACAGUCAUUUUAUUUAUUUAUACAGGAAUCUCCCACUGUCUGAACAUAGACAAGUGGAAAUCUUUCUUGUCAUGUCAUAUAUCUAACAUCUACAUUGCAGUUCAUUGAACACAAUCUCAGAUAUUAUUGUGCAGCACAGUGUCAUAAAGUUGAUUUUUAAUUUAAAAAUGAGACUUGGAGAAUAACAUCAAGAAAUGUUACAAAACAUUAAAAAUAAUGAUGUGACAUAAUGUGUGUGUGUGUGUGUGUGUGUAUGCCCACACUUUUAACAAAAGAAAGAGAGAGAGAGAGAGAGAGAGAGAGAGAGAGAGAGAUGUGUUUUUAUAGAAGCAUUUUUCUGAUUGUGUACAGGAUUUUACAGUUAGCUUGGAGAUACAGACAUGCAGAGGGUUAGCAAAGCCAAUAUAAAAAUGGUAAUUAUUUUCAUACGAUUAUCAUAAAUAACAGGGCACAAUAAAUCUGCAAAUAAUGACAUAAUCUUAAACAGAUUGGCAAACCUUAUUUAGUUAUACAUUCAUAUCUAAGAAGGAAUGUAAUAAAACUGCUGUAACAUCCCUUAAAAAUAAGAAUUUUGCAGAUGACACUAGUGUUAUGCAACACAAUACUAGAUAUUCCAUUUACCUUCCCUAGAUUUUUGUGCAGAUUCUUUUCCCCGAGAUACACUAUUUAAAAAGUAAUAAAAAUGUUGAUUUUGAUUGUUCAUUGUAUGUGCUUUGCUACACCACUGUGUUUAAAUGGAACUGCCUGGUAACUUGACACAGUAGUUGUCUUUAUGGUGAAGGGAUUUGCAGUUAAAUGUUACUGUCAAGUGAAAGUUGGGUGCAUUUAUACUUUUGUAAAUGAACCAAUUUCGGUUUAUUUUCAUGAUAUGGCAUUGGUUCACAGUUUCAUUGUGAGCUAAAGAAUCCAAAUGACUUGAUAAAAUAGCAGACUAAUGCUGUCAUAAUGUUGUGCAAGUCCAUUUCUUUAUACAGUGUGGACUAGAAGGCAUAUUUUCACUGCCAGUAUUUAAACAUAUGACUGCCAUUUGUAUUUUAGUUAUACUAAUUCUAAAAUGAAAUUCUGGACCUCUGCCACUCUAAAUUGAAAACUUCUGUACAUAGAUACUAUGCAUAUAAUACAUUUACUCAUUGAAGUAAUAGUUCUCAUUACUAGAACGUGAGAAAUGACAGAAAAGCUCGACAGAGCUCAUGAACAAAAUGUAGUGGUAAGAUCUAUAAGAGAGUAACUAAGAGUAUCCUAGUAUCACAAAAACAUGUCUGAAUCAAAACUAAAUUUUGCUGGAUAUUUUUCUGGUGUUCUGUGAUUCUUGUCUUAGCCUAAGAGUAACAGAAGAGGCUAUAUGAUACUCAAGGCUAUUUAAUCUGCUUAAUUUUAUUUGCAGUGUUUUGAAACAAAUACUGAAUAACACUGAUGUAAUGACAUGUACACAAUUGUGAAAUGUAUUACUAAAAUAAUUAAUGAUUUCGCUGUUUAAGUGUACAUCCAGACUAAUGAUGCAAAAUACAUCAUAGUAAAUA